UAAUCACAUACAUACAUUCUAUAUAUCUAUAUAUCCACACACACACAAAAAAAAAAAACAGAGAGAGACUCCACAUUUAUUCAACAAAAAAUGGCAGAAGAAAUUGAAGAAGAAGAAAAAUCAAGAAUUCUAGAGAUCAACUUGAUCUCAGCACAAGGCCUCAAAAUCCCACCCUCUACCAAAACCCGAACUUACGCCAUCGCAUGGGUCGACCCGGCCGCUAAACUCCGCAGCCAUUUGGACCGAAUUGGAGGCGAAAAUCCGACGUGGAAUGAAAAAUUCCUUUUCCGAGUUUCGCCACGUUUCAUCUACGGUGACACGUCAGCCGUUCAAUUCGAAAUCUACGCUUCUGGUUAUAUCCGUGAUUAUCUCAUCGGUAAUGUUCGUUAUUUGUUGAGUUCUUCUUCGCUUACGUCAUCAAAAACCGGAGCGGUUAUUGGAACUCCGGCUUUUUCGGCCGUCCACAUCCGUCGUCCUUCCGGUAGAGUCCAAGGCGUUUUGAAUAUCGCCGCCACGGUUUACGAGAGUUCUGAUUUCGCGGCGUUUGACGGCAUGUCCGCAGUGUGUUUCCGUGAUUUGAUUGGAGAGAAUGAAAAUGAAAAGGAGCGGGAGCGUGAGCGCCGCCGUCGGUCUUGGCAUCCGGCCAUGGUUCUCAGCCGUAAUAGUUCGAAACGGAGUGAUCGAUCGUCUGGUGCGGAUUCGUCGGAGUUUCCGAUCGGUGAUCCGGUGGAUUUUUCCGAUGGAAGUGACUCGUCAUCAUCGUCGGCGUUAAAGGAAGUUAACGGCGUUAAGUCAAAGGUAACGGUCAACGAUAAAAAGGAUGUUAAAUUGGACGGUAAAGGAUUAUUGUGUGGGUUAAUGUUACAAAGAAGGUUUAGUUUUUGUCCGUCGGAUCAAAAUCUGUUAUCAAUUGCUGGAUUUCAUGGAAAGAAGAUCUAAAUCAACGGCUGUGAUUUGAUCAUGGUGGUUUGUUAGUUAAUUGUCUGAAUUUACGAUUUUGACCUUUGAGGGAAUUAAAAUGAUUCUUGUGUAAUUAGUUUUUGGGACAAAACUAACAAAAGAAUUCCAUUUUUUAGAUGAAUUAAACAGAUCAGGUUGGAUUUCUGGGUUUCA